CCGGGGGGACGCUUUCUGCGGCGGACUUAUGGCGGCUCGGUGGGUCGCGGGGGAUCACUGUUCUCCGAGGCGGUAGCAGAGCGGAGCACCUCAUCAUGCCGACGGUGGUGGUGAUGGACGUGUCGCUCUCCAUGACACGACCAGUGUCAGUGGAGGGCUCCGAGGAGUACCAGAGGAAACACUUGGCAGUCCACGGCCUCACCAUGCUGUUUGAGCACAUGGCAACCAACUACAAGCUGGAGUUCACGGCCUUGGUAGUGUUUUCCUCGCUCUGGGAGCUGAUGGUGCCUUUCACGAGAGAUUACAACACACUCCAGGAAGCCCUAAGUAACAUGGAUGAUUAUGACAAAACCUGUUUAGAGUCAGCACUCCUGGGGGUUUGCAGUAUCGUCCAGCAGGAAUGGGGUGCAGCAAUUCCUUGCCAGGUUGUCCUUGUCACUGAUGGCUGUUUGGGGAUCGGCAGAGGGUCCCUGCGGCACUCACUAGCGACUCACAACCAGCGAAGCGAAAGCAACCGGUUUCCACUGCCCUUCCCAUUCCCGUCCAAGCUGUAUGUCAUGUGCAUGGCAAAUCUUGAAGAGCUUCAAAGCACAGACUCCUUGGACUGUCUGGAGCGGCUCAUAGAUUUAAACAAUGGGGAAGGGCAAAUUUUCACCAUUGAUGGCCCCCUUUGCCUGAAGAAUGUGCAGUCCAUGUUUGGUAAGCUAAUAGACCUGGCUUAUACACCAUUCCAUGCUGUUCUCAAGUGUGGCCACUUAACAUCUGAUGUUCAAGUGUUUCCCAGACCAGAACCUUUCGUUAUAGAUGAGGAAAUUGACCCCAUUCCUAAAGCAAUUAAUACAGAUCUAGAAAUUGUUGGGUUUGUGGAUAUAGCUGACAUUUCUAGCCCUCCUGUCCUGUCCAGACAUUUGGUACUGCCCAUUGCACUUAACAGAGAAGGUGAUGAGGUGGGACCUGGGAUCACAGAUGACACUGAAGAUGAGAAUUCAGCUAAUCAGAUUGCUGGGAAAAUCCCCAACUUCUGUGUUUUGUUACACGGCAGCCUGAAAGUGGAAGGCAUGGUGGCUGUCGUCCAGUUGGGGCCAGAGUGGUAUGGAAUGCUCUAUUCACAAGCUGACAGCAAGAAGAAAUCAAACCUCAUGAUGUCACUCUUUGAGCCUGGUCCUGAGCCCCUGCCAUGGCUAGGGAAGAUGGCACAGCUCGGACCCAUUUCAGAUGCAAAAGAAAAUCCUUAUGGAGAGGAUGACAACAAGAGCCCUUUUCCCUUGCAACCCAAGAACAAGCGCAGUUAUGCACAGAACGUUACCGUGUGGAUUAAACCAAGUGGCCUCCAGACAGAUGUCCAGAAGAUCUUGAGAAAUGCAAGGAAGCUUCCUGAAAAAACUCAAACCUUCUAUAAAGAACUCAAUCGUUUACGAAAGGCAGCUCUGGCCUUGGGCUUCUUGGACCUCCUGAAAGGUGUGGCAGACAUGCUGGAGCGGGAGUGCACCCUGCUGCCCGACACGGCUCAUCCCGACGCGGCCUUUCAGCUCACACAUGCUGCUCAGCAGCUGAAAGUGGCAAGUACUGGAGCAUCAGAAUAUGCUGCCUAUGAUCAGAACAUUGCUCCACUGCAGACAGACUUUUCCAGUAGCAGUACUGAAAGAAUGUGAAGUCUCCAUCUUCAGAAUUGCUAUAGAUGAAGACUUCACUGGUUUCAAUUUUUUAUCCUGUUUACUUUCUAGGGCCUGUUUAAUUACUGUUGGGAGAACUUCCUAUCAAAAUGGGGUCCCUUACCUGCCUCAGAGCCCUCCAAAUAAAUGUGGCUGGUUUGUGGUAGCUUUAGUCAGGCCUGGAAACUGUGAGAAGUGUCCCAAAGUCAUUUACUGUGUCGGAUGAUGGAUGGAAGUUACUCAAUGCAUGUGAGGAGACAGAAAAAGCCAUCACAGGCAGCAGACUGCUCAUGGCUUUUGGCAUCCUCAAAAUGCAGUUACUACGUAACUGAUCUCACUGGUAAAAGUACCUUAAAAGGCAGCUACUAUUCUUCAUACCCUGACUUGCCUAGUCCAAAGGACACCUGUGAGUCACUGUGCAAGAUCAGACACACAACUAAUUUCAGUGUGUUGUCACUGAUUUUAUGCCCAACAAGAACCAGUCUGUACCAUCCCAAUGAGUGAUCACUUGCACUGCAUUGCUUAUGCUUGUAAGUUACUCUGGUCAGACAUGGGUUUUAUUUGUG